GUCUUCCUGCAUGCUGGUCACACAAAAAAUGAACAGCUGUUUAUUACUUCAUCGUUGAAUUUUGCGUGGAAAAUUGGAAUAUGACUUCCCAGUACCUGAAUCAAAUGCAUACUGCAGACAAAUUAGCCGCAGAGCCGUGGCCUGAGGAUGCGACGCUCUACCAGCCCUAUGAGGCAGAGCAGAUCUUGCUGCCGGAAAACGCAAGUUGCUUGGCGGUUAAGGCUUACCUGAAGAUGUGCCAACUGCCAUUUGGAAUACGGUCAUGUGCUAACGCUGAGCACAUGUCCCCAGGUGGGCGGAUGACCAAGCUGCCAUUCAUCCGUGCUGGAGCAUUUAUUUUUGCAGAGUUUGAACCGAUCGUAAACUUUGUGGAGCAAAAGGAACUUGCCAUCGGCAGUUGGCAAGACGAGGACGAGAAGGCCGACAUGCGCACGUAUGUGUCGCUUGUGGAGAAUAUAUUUACCAUGGCCGAGCUGUACAUCAGCUUCCGCAAUGAACGCGUUUAUAAGGAGGUCACGGCACCCCGUAACGGCAUCGUCUUUCCUUGGCCCCUUAGCCUCAUGCAAAACUACAGCAAGCGGCGUAAUGCCCUUCGCCUGCUAAAGGUAUAUCAGUGGGAUGACCUGGACAUAGACGCCGUCAUCGACAAGGUGGCGAAGUGCUGCGAGACCCUUGAAUACAAACUGAAGGAGUCUCCUGAUACGCCGUAUUUCUACGGCGACCAACCCUGCGAGCUGGACGCCAUCGCUUUCGGGCAUCUCUUUAGUAUCCUGACAACCACGCUGCCCAAUAUGGCCCUCGCCCAGACAGUGAAGAAAUUCAAGCACCUAGUCGAGUUCUGUCGCUUCGUCGAUGAGAAAUACUUUCAGACCAGGUGCCUCCACAAUUAGAUGUAUUGUUAGUUAUUGUUUUGCAAAGCGUAUCAAAUUAUAGUCGUUAUCAUUUA